UGUGCUUAGUACAGGGGAAUCCCUAUGUGCCAUAGUUUUAUGGUAUCUCUCUGUACAGGCUAUAGGUAAGCUUAGGGGGCACGUAUAUAGGAGCACUAGUGAGCAUUCUAGCAGCAGGCAGAAAACACAUUGAGAAAGAGUCGCUCACUAGCGAGGGGUAUGGCCCAGAGUUUAUUGCCCCGGGCAUACAUUACACACGUUACACACACAGUUGGACUAUGGGAGGCCGGUAGGGUCCAGAAUCCCACUGGUGAGAGUCUCAGUACAGACCCGGGAGCAGUGCAGCAGGGACACACCGGGCAUAAGUGACUUACUGGGCCGCUAAGAGACACUCCCAAUAUGGCCAAAUAUGUCUGUGAGACAGAGCUGCAGAACAUGGGCUCCGAGUCCCGGGAAGGACUUGCACCUUUGGAGAAAGAAGAACCUUCGGUGCUGGAGAAGUACAUCCAACCCUGUGUAGCAGAACUACUGGGAAGCACUCUCUUCAUCUUCCUGGGAUGUCUCUCUGUGCUGGUAAACCCUCACAAUGCUGGCCCACUCCUCCCGGCUCUGGUCCAUGGAUUCACUCUGGCAUCUGUCAUCUCUGUUCUUGGCAACGUCAGUGGAGGACAUUUCAACCCUGCGGUGACUCUGUCUGUUGUUAUUUGUGGCGGCUUGACUCCUAUAUUGCUGGUGCCUUACUGGGUUUGCCAGUUAUCUGGUGGAAUGCUGGGCGCUCUCCUGGCCAAGGGUCUGGCAGAUCACGGGUCGUUCAUCAAUCACACCGGAGCGGCCUGCAUGUUGGGCAGUGGGGAUUUAGUGGCCAGAGCGGUCGGUGUGGAAAUUGUGCUCAGCUUUCUCCUGAUUUUUACUGUGGUGAUGGGAGCGGUGGGGGAGCUCAGCAAGACUCCACUUGCCCCUUACUCCAUUGCCUUCGUCCUUACUGCUGCAAUAUUAUCUGGAGGCUCUAUAUCUGGGUCCUGUCUCAAUCCAGCUCGAGCGCUGGGUCCGGCAGUGGUUGCCAAUUACUGGGACUACCAUUGGGUGUACUGGGUUGGCCCUCUGGCUGGGGCUCUGCUGGUUUCUCUGCUGUACAGGUUUAUUCUGGCAGGAAGAUCCCAUAGGCUGUUCCUAAAGUGAGCAGGGACCAAUCAGAAUCCAUAUCUGCGCUUAUAUUCCAGGCUCGGGACCAGCACAUCCAACACUGAGAGCUGAUUGGCCAUUUACCCCUUUCCCAGCUGCCCUGAAACCCCACAUCCAGUGUGCAAAAGCAGGGCAAUACCUACAUUCUGUAUCGCUGUUUGCCCCCCAUAAUCCCCCCUGGGAGGCCUUCCCAUGUGUCUGCCCUAUACAUCAAACCAUGGCCGGUCUUAUAAACUGCGGGGCCCAACUGAGCCCAAUAGGUCCAACUGGCCACGGCCAUACCCCCUGCUGUCACCGCAAUGGGUUUCACUGCAUGGAGACCGUGCCCCCCCUGUUAAGAUAAAAUGUAUGUCUAUAUGUUUUAGUAAAUGUUUACUGGAGAAUAAAUAUAUUUUAAACUCUAUCAAGUUUUUCUUUAAUUCAAAUAAAACAUAUGCCUACCCCCAGGCUGUACUGACA